UGACUUGGCUCCUCCUCCUCCUCUCCUGUCUCAAUCUUUCACCCUCUGUCUUCGCAUAUCCAUCUAUCUUUCACACUCCUCUCACUUCUCCCUCAACUGUAUUCAUUUUCUCACUUAAUUUCAUCUCAGUGUUCAGUCUUUGCUUCCUCUCAGAAGUGGCUCUCUCUCUCUCUCUCUCUAGCAAAUCUAUUCCUGUUCUAAACAUUCUAUUUUUAUUUUUUAGAGAAAAAAUGUCCAGCAAACAUUUUUUUGUUUUUUGUUUAGCUUGUUUUGAUUUUACGGAUGUCUCUUUAGGUGGAAGAGUGAAAGUCUGAAAGCCCAUCUUCCUCUUCCCCUCCGGCCAACAUGUCCCAGCUGCUCCAUGUGGAGAUCCCGAAUUUUGGAGCCACGGUUCUGGGCUCCCUCAAUGAGCAGCGACUGCUGGGACAUCACUGUGACGUAUCCAUACUCGUCAAAGGUCAAGCUUUUAAAGCCCAUCGGGCCGUUUUGGCAGCCAGCAGCCUCUACUUUCGUGACCUUUUCAGCAGCUCAACCAAGACCCAGUUUGAGCUGCCUUCCUCAGUCACACCUGCUUGCUUUGAGCAGAUCCUUACAUUCUGCUACACAGGGAAGCUAACCAUGGCAGCAAGCGAACAGCUGGUUGUCAUGUACACAGCUGGCUACCUCCAGAUUCAGCACAUAGUUGAAAGAGGCAUGGACCUAAUGUUCAAGGCAAACUCACCUCACUGUGACUCACAAACAGCAGGCUCUCUAGAAGAAGCGGGAUCAGAGCCUCAGAGUCCACUUAAUAACGGCAUCAGCCUGUCGGUGGCUGGCGUUUUGGGAACCCAAAGCUGGUCUACGCCAUCCCUUCUAUUGCCGCAGCGUAAAAUUAAAAUAGAAGUAGGUGACCCAACACCAAUUUCCACACCCUCAGCGCAAAACAAGAUUUCAACCUCAGAGCUGGGGAGUCGUCUGGCUAGGGCCUUCUACACAGCAGCUGGAGGGCAAGUUCCUGGUAUUCCUGCUUUCCACCUACAAGGAACAACAGGGGGUGGAGCAGGGAAUGGAGCAGGUGGAGGAACUAAUGCAGAAAGGUCCAGCCCAGGAGAGUCAAGCCUUCCCACCACAGACAGCCCCACAUCUUACCAGAAUGAUGACGAGGAGUUUGAGGAAGAGCCAUAUGAUGGGAUCACAGAGGAGACCUACAGUCACAUCUAUGGGCGCUCAGCUAACCCCUAUGGAAUCCAAGACAAGCCAGAGUUGGCCGGGAUGCCAUUGGCUUUGGAGAACCGUAACUGCGUCCUCAUCCGCAGAGACCUGGUGGCGCUCCCCGCAAGCCUCAUAAGCCAGAUAGGGUACCGAUGCCACCCUAAGCUCUACACCGAGGGGGACCCGGGCGAGAAGCUGGAAUUAGUUGCUGGAACCCAGGUGUUCAUGACACGAGGCCAGCUUAUGAACUGCCAUCUGUGCGCCGGUAUCAAACACAAAGUGUUGCUUCGCCGCCUCUUAGCCACUUUCUUUGACAGAAAUACUCUUGCAAAUAGCUGUGGGACCGGCAUCCGUUCUUCUACGAGUGACCCAAGCAGAAAGCCCCUGGACAGCAGGGUCCUCAAUGCUGUGAAACUCUACUGUCAAAACUUUAAUCCUAAUUUCAAGGAGAGUGAAAUGAAUGUGAUCGCUGCUGACAUGUGCACAAAUGCACGGCGGGUUCGCAAGAGAUGGCUCCCCAAGAUCAAGUCCAUGCUGCCUGACGGCAUGGAAGUGUACCGCGCAGGCAUGGGAAUGAGUGCUGCUGCUGCUGUUGGUCUGAACCUAGCUCUGGGUGCUCCUCAGUCAGGAGUGCCUCUAACCUUCGAGCACGAUUUGAAGAGCUUAGAGCAAAGGCUGUAUCCAGAUCGCAAGGACCCUAUCAGGACUCAUGCAGGCAGCCCGAGUUCAGGUGCGGCUGGAGCAGAAGCAGAAGGAGAAGGUGAAGCAGCGGUCCAGGAGGAUCAUGAUGAGGAUGACGAUGAAGCUGGAUCAGAGGGUGCCGAUCGAUCACUGGGGGUACCAGUCUUGGUGUCAGUGGUCGGAUCAGGAGACACGCCCCCUGAGCAGGGGGUGGAAAGUUUUGGACAAAAUCUGAGGUUGAACGGACAGUGAAUGUCAUUCUCAUGUUGUGAAAUGUGUUUAACACUCACAUCUUCUUCUCACCGUGUCAUCCAUCACUCUUUCUGCUCCUCUGUGCUUCCUUAACUGAGAUAUUCUGUUUGCCAUACACAAAAGCUGAAUUCACAACUUUUAUCAGCAGAACAGUCGGUCACACAUGCAUGCGCUCGUGUGCGCUUGUGUAUUGACAAAUUAAAAUGUGUAGUGAAAUUAACCCACGCAUAGUAAAAGCAUACACAGGCAUGGCAUUAGUUAAUACAGAACAGAAACUUUCUCAGAUCCAAGUAUGUAUUCGGUACUCCGGCUUCUGCAGCCUUAUUAAAGGUCAAAGAGAUGGCUGUAAUCAUUCAUCAUAUCAGCUCUACACCACCAACAGCUAUCUGCCGCAGUUUAUAGUUUGCAAUGUAAUUUUAUUUCAUAAAAAGACUUGGGAGAACUUUAAGACCUCUUUACAGUACAUCACAUUACUAUCCAGGGAUAUGUGAGAACAUUAUCAGUAUUACAAUUAAAGGCAGGAACUGUGAAAGCACCAUUUAGAAAGUAAGAAAUCAUCUCCUGUCUUUUAACUUACAUUGCUUUUUCCAGCAUCAUCUUCUGAACCUGUCCGCAUUUUGUUACAUUAACUACAAACUUAGCUAAUUUGGAAAUGAUGUGACAGACCAGCAAAACAGAGCACAUAAAUGUGAAUUGGAAAGAAAGGGAUACAUGAUUUUUUUUUUUAUCUCCAUUGCAAAAACAAUCUAAAAGGAGUACCAAUUUCUUUUAAAGUGUAUUUACCCUUAAUUUUAUUAGGUAAAUAAGAUGAUCUGCAAAUAGAAUGAGUGUUUAUACCCAUAAAAUAAGAUAAUUGGGUAUUAUGCACUUUUUUCUUAUUUUAAAUAUAAAUUGUCCCAUUCUACUGGUAAAGUGUCACACCUACCUGCUCAUUUAAAUUAGAUUUCAGUUUUGUGCAGUGGUGUCAUCUCAGUGGGCUCCUUGUUCUCCAAUGGACACAUUCAUCUCCACAGCACAAUGCUGCCCCCACCAUGUGUGGAUAGUGUACUCAUGUUAACAUGAAAAGUUGGUUUCUUUAGCAAAAAGAGGAAUGCUGUGUGUCAGCCAAAAGGUUAUGUUUUGAUGCAAGCACCUUUUAUUCAUACAAAGAACAGCUGAACCUCCACUGAGAUGAAAUCAGCACAUAGGGGGUCUUUGUUUACCAAUGAGGCCCUUCCUGAUCUAAAGGCACAUGCCACAGAUUUUUUGUUAAAACAUUUUUUUUAAAUCAUGCAUCUUAUUUCUUCCACAAUACGAUCAUGUGUGACUGUAUGCUGAUCUGUUAUAAAUUCCCAUUAAAAACAUAAACAGUUAGACCAACUUAAAAUGUGGAAAAGAUCAAGACAUUUUUUUCCCUGCAAAUGCUAUUUCCCUCUUCAGAAUCCAACAAAUCUGUGGCAUAUAUUUUCUGUUUUCUCGGGCAUAUCUGACUGUAACAUAUCAGAUUAUGCUGUCAAUGUGAUGCCUGUGUCUGCUCCAGACUCCACAUCCCAGCCCACACAUAUGUAUGUGCAAACAAACACAUACACUGUUACAUUUCUGUAAUUUUCGCCUUAAAUGUCCGUGCUGAUGUAAUCAAGUGGCACUCUGUCAAUAGGAAUAUGUUGCAUUGCUUUUUAACUCCAAAAAUUACAGAAUUUUUGGAGAUGCAGAGACGUGAACCAUAACAUAAGAUAAUGUCAAGCCUUGCAUGCAUUCAUCCAAACAAUGAAUGGGAAGAAUUGCUGAAGUGAACAGCAAAGCCAUAGCUCUGCAUUGAAAUAAGAUAGCAGCUACUAUUGCCUGGAGCUAUGCCAUCAUAAAUCGGAAGCACUUUUUUUCAAUUUAUUUCUGGAAACAGACUACCAAAUGCCACAAAUGAUCUCGACGUUACUCUGCUUUGACCGUUUUCUGACCCAGACAGAGAAAGUCUGAAUUUAUUGUUUGUAUUUUUAUUUUAUUUGGAGUACUUCUGAAGAGUGUAUUUUUCGCUUAAAUGGAGAAGAGUGGAUAUAGGGAGUGCACUACACUGAGAAAAGAGAAGAGUACUGUUCCACCUUAAUGUGUUGGUGUGACGUGUACAAAGUUUGUCCUGUUCCCAUUUUCCUUUUGUGUUGUUUUCCUCCUCUCCUAUGAGGAAGGGAUUUGGAGGGUAAAUUAUUUAAGAAACUUUUAAGAGCAAAUUAGGUUUGUUUACUGCAUUUGUACUCAAGAGAGACAGAGGGUGGGGAAGAGGGCCUCUGCAAAAGACUGCAAAUAGCCACCACAUUACCAUGAUCGCUUACCCAAUCAGACAAUCUGUGGGCUCAGAUAGAAACAACAGUUCUCUAUUGAUGAUAAUUUUCUGUAUUUUGUUGGAGGGGAGGGGGACUGAGGCCAUGCAUUCGUCAUGCCUGUUUUCUGUUUUUGAUGUCUGAUUUCAUGCCCUUUGCCAUUGCCAUGCAUAGAACCCAGUCCAAAGAGCCUUUCUUUUUUUUCCUUUCAUGCAUUGAUUUAAAAAGAUCCACUGUUAAGUGUUGCUUCUUGUUCUUAGCUUGCUGUGGUCUCAGUCAACAGUCAAAGCACAUUGAAUCAAAAGAGCAGACCAUAGAUUUUUAUUUUUUGCCAUAACUAUUCUAAAAAUGUUAUUAUUAAACAAAUAUUAAGCUGAUGACACAAGUGAGGUUAGGAUGUUUAAAAGAAAUACCCUUAGUUUGACAUCUUAUGUAAUAUUUCAGUGAUGUAACACUUUAGAGAUUGGGCCAAACUCUCUUUGUCUUUUCCUUUUUCUUGGAUGAGUUUUUAGAUGGCCCUGCAAAAAAAAAAAAAAUCCAUCCAUAAAAAAUAAGGGUCACGAUUGCACUAUAGCUAAUGUUAAUACGUUUACAGUUUUAUUUCUUUGUUUGUUUUUUCCUUUCAGAAUGAACUGUAGUCAGCCCUUGAUAACCCAGGGUUAUGAAUGGCCAAGAUGAUUGAUGAAUGUAAAUUGUAGCAUUGCUUUGGUGAGGGUCACAGUCUAUUUUUAUGAUAUAGUAAAUUAUUGAAUCUGUGUUUAUCA